AUGAGAUCAAAAAAAGUACGCAGAUGUUUAGGUGUGUCCGUCUGCGGCAUUCUCCUCUUCAUGAUGUCCGAGAGCAUUAUAGAUUUUUUCAAGGUCAUUCCACACGACAUCUUUAUCCUUAAUGACAUAGAUAACGGUUCGUCUUGCGCCUUGCCUAAGCACGACCCAUUUGAUAGUAGCAUUAUGAAAUAUUUCUACGACAUUGAAUUGCCUUGCGACAAAUACCCGGAUGUUGUUUAUCUGGACUCCGAGUUGCAGAUACAGACGAACACGUCUGCAGUUAAGGAGGCUGGGUGGCGCCAUCUGACAUGUGAACGAGAGAUGAUACAGAGAGUGAACGAAGAAAAUAUCGCUUAUGUUCCCCUUGGAUCAAACGCAUCAUCAACGGUAUAUAGUGACUGUUCUAAGAUAUCGUGCAUGGACGAAAGCUCUUCGUUAGUAUACCAACAAAUGAUGUUUCAUGUCGAUAGUAAGCGGUUACUCAAAACCAAAGUUAUCAAGGACGAGGAUCCGGAAAUCCCGAGUGUCCUCAUCUUUGGCAUUGACUCUCUGUCCCAACUAAUGGCAAAGCGACUACUGCCAAACACUCUCGAAUACCUCCAGCGGUCAAUUGGGGCCUACAUAUUCAAUGGCUACACGAAAGUGGCUGAAAACACUUUUCCUAAUCUGAUUUCUUUGCUAUCCGGACGGAAAGAAAUAAGUGAAGCGUUUUAUCGCGACAAAUAUCUGGACAAUAUCAUACCUUUCAUUUGGAAGAAUUUCUCUGACAAGGGCUACGUGACGAUGUUUGCUGAAGAACAACCAAUGUCUCCUAGCUUCAAUGCAGUCUCUAAAGGGUUCAAAAACCCUCCUACUGAUCAUUAUUUCAUGCCAUGCGCAAUGGCAAUGGAUAACACUAAAACCCUUAUUCAUUCUCCCAAUUACAAAUACUCUUCCACAUUUUACAAAUUAUUAUUAUUAAAACAAUUUAUGUUUUGUCAUGGGAGUAAAGCCAAGUAUGAAAUUCAUAUCGAUUAUUUGAAAUCGUUUUUAUCAUCGUACAAAAAUAAGCGCAAGUUUUCUGUCACCUGGAUCGCAUCAUUGGCACAUGAUGAACCCAACUAUCUCCGACUAGCAGAUGAUCAAUUUCGAGAGUUCUUUAAAUGGUCAAAUAUUAAUGGACACUUAAAAAACACCAUAUUGAUAUUCGUGGGAGACCAUGGAUCCAACCUCAAUGAUAUCCGGAACACGGUCAUCGGUCGGGUAGAAGAGAGAAUGCCGAUUUUCGCUAUCGCUCUACCACCACAUCUAAAACAAAAAUAUCCUAACCUUGACGUCAAUCUACGUUUAAAUAAGGACAGGUUGACGUCUCAUUUUGAUACCUAUUACACUAUGGUUGAUAUUCUCCAAGGAUCGUUUUCUGUAUCACAUGGAAAAGGACAAGUUGGCAGAAGUCUGUUUAGACCGGUACCGUCGGACCGAUCAUGUCAAGACGCCGGCAUCCGGAGAGAAUAUUGUCCCUGUCACAAGUAUGUUCCGGUUGACGUUCCAAUAGAAAAACUCAAAACUUUUGCCCAGAAAAUUGUUGAGAAAAUUAACUCAAAAUUUAAUAUCGUCAAUAUGCAAUGUAAGCAACUUUCUUUGAACAAAAUAGAAAAUUCUCAGAAGAUCAUGUCACAUUUUGUCCCUGUUGCUCAAAAGAAACAGUUCACCUGGUACAGUCUAUGGCAUGUUAGAUCCACCCAUAUAGAAAGUAAACAAUACAGAAUGUUGAUAAGUACACUCCCAGGCUCGGCACGGUUUGAGAGCUCGGUAACCGUCCAUUCAAACGGCAAAAUUGAGGUUUGGGACCAAAUAAGUCGGGCAAACAGGUACGGCAAUCAGUCACACUGUGUUAAAGAAAUCGAGUUGAAACCUUUCUGUUUUUGUGGAUAA